GUGGCCGUGCAUUGCAAACGGUGCAGACCGCAAUGGUUUCUGGGUGAAGCCGGGAUCGAGGGAUGACAAACGAUGACAUUUGGCGUUCGGGAUCAGUUAUGUUCUCUACUGUUCUAAAACGUCUCUGUUGGUAUUUAACACAAGUCCAGAAUUAGAGCCUUGUGAUUGGUGGACCUCGUCCAACUUCCGGGUCAACUGGAAAUGACCCGCAGUCUGAGCCGACCGUAGCUACGACAAUACACGCGCACAGAAACCUAAGCGGGGCUGGCCUUGGUUCGGAAGCCGCAGUGGUGCUGCCUUCCUGCGCUCCACAGCCGUGCAGGGGCCGAGUCCCAUCAGCUCAGCACACCGGGCCCGACGGCUCUGCGGGGGGAAGAACGGCACGCUCGAGCCGCUGGGUCAUUUUAUGUGAUCCGUUGUUUGUUAUAAAGUGGGAUUGGCUCCGUGUGCCAUCCGUUCGGUUUACGGUGUGCUCGUGAUGUAGGCCGGUAAUCCUGCUGGAGGACGGAGUGGUGAAGUUUCCAGUACCACACCUGUAGAGAAAACCCAGUGAAAGAGGCUUCUGUACUUCAUGUGCUUGGCAAGAUGAGUACAGAUAGACCCAAACGGAACAUCAUCAAAAAAAAAUAUGACAUCAGUGAUGGGAUGCCUUGGUGUGAAGAACGUCUGGUCCGCAAAGUUCUCUUCCUCUCCCUCAGGGAAUUCAAAGACACACACCGUGCCUCACACAUACACACGCGCGCACACAAGCGCACGGUGAAAAAAACACUUUUACACGCUCCGCAUAAAACGCAGAAAAACAUGCGCACAAGACAAUGUGUGCGCACAAGACAGCGUGUGCACACACCGCAACACAGAGUCACACACAGAGCACCAAACAAACAGAAAAACGCACACAGUGCUCAAAGUACGCACAUUACAAAACACCUCCGCCCUCAUGAACACACCGACAAAGGGCAAAAAAUGAACUUGUCUCAGGACUCACACACAGUAAAAAAUAAAUGCAAUCACACACUACAGAACAUGCCAACACAAUCAACAUGUGCAGGGAAGAUUACACACACUCUACAGCAAACCCAGCUCCAAGAAAGUACUCGCACACUACAAAAGAGUUCUGGAUCAACCAGGACACUCCGCUCACAUAAAACACAGAACACACAGCUGCUGCUCGACACGAAAUACACAGAAACUGCAAAACACACACACACUCCUCAGCACAAGCACUCAGUGAAGACCACCUGCACUCCUGAGAACACACCGCUGAGCCCCCCGGUCCCGGCCAGGACACUGCGCUCACACACUCCCACAAGCCUCAGCAGCCCUCGGGUUAACGGCAUCAGCCGCCGUCAGUCCCUGCUGUCUGCUGGUCCCAGCUGGAGCUGGUCCCUACAGACCCGGCCUCAGCAGCGCCGCCCUGCUAGCAUCCAUCGCCACAAGGACGACCCCGGCAGCAAGAGACCAAGGCUGCGAGCUCAGAGGAAGUUCGCCCAGUCCCCCCCAAGCUCUCCAGGACCUGGAGUGUUGAUUUCAGCAGCCAGGAGUAACCACAGCCUGGCCGUGGUCACCUGUCUGACCAGGUGCAGACCCAAGACGGAGGACUUCUUGUCUUUUCUCUGUCUGAGAGGUUCAGCUGCGCUGCCUAGCAACAUGGCCUUUGCAGCGAGUGGACGAGCCAAGGGGCCAGUUGGUGCUCGCCAUCUUACAUCCUGUCUUUCCACCAAUCACAGGACUGCAGCUGAGGGGAAAAACAUGAGCAUAUUCAGGAGAACAGCAGUGCAGCGAGAGUCUCUGAGGGGGAGGCCUGGAGGCUCCUUCUGCCCUCUAACUGCCCGCGAACAGAGGAGGAGGGAGAGGGAGAGGAGAGAAGAAGAACAGAGGAGGAUGAGGGAAGAGGGAGCUGAGAGACACCUCCUGAGACCUCGCCAGCUCUCCCUACAGGUCAGCAGGACUAACCAGGUUGCAGUGGUAACUGGACUCUCCAAUCAAAGAACUUCCUGUGUCCGGUCAGUGUCUACCUUAAAGCCUGUCCCCGGGGCAGGCAGCAGGCGCUCCCCCAAGCCCUGCACAAGGCCGAGCAAUACCUGUAAACCAAGACCCCAGGAAAGCAACAACCAACACCUCUCCCGGCAUAGCAAACACCAGCUGCCUCGCAAUCAGCACCUUCCUCUCCACAAUCCAACAGUCUCAAAGUACUAUAGCAACCCCAAGACCUCCAGUAGUGUCCAGAACUCAGGGAGACAUUCAAGCAGGACUCCAGCCCAAAUAGCAUUGACUAAUGGGACAGUCAUGUCGUCGCUAAGGGAGAGCCCUGGGGUCUUGAGGUUGUCCAGGAGAAAGAGAGGCCUCCCACCAGACACCAGCCCUACCCCUCCGAAGCGGGUUCUUUCGGACAACAACUCAUUGAAGAAGUGCAGGACAGUGCAAUACAAUGAUGGUGAUGUCCCAUCGGAGAGUGGCCGCCAUGUUGGUGAGAUCCAACAGGGGGAGGCCAGCUGUAACGAAGAGGUUAGAGUGAAGGAUGUGAGUCAUAUUGGUGAUAUCCCUGGCAGCCAUGAUGAAGAACUUAGACUAGAAGGCAGCUGUGACCACGUUGGAGAGAUCAGACUGGAGAUGGACAGUUGUAUUAGUGAAGACCUUCAGGACAAGGCCAGUGUUGCUGUGGAGCCCUCUCAGGAAGGGGUCAAACUCACCAACAUCAUCACCGACUAUGACCUGAGCCCUGUAACUAAGGUCAUAUGCAGACAUGUGAGAGACAAAAGGCUGCUGAGAAGUCAGCCCGCUUCAUCCACAGUCCCUACGCUAAUAACCAGGACUACUGAAUCUAGGACUGCUGCCAGAGCUGCUGCUGCUGCUAGGACUACUGCAACUAAAGCUGCUAUCAACUCCGUGACAUCCAAACACUUACAUACUGACCCACCAGCAAGUUAUUCUGCCAAGCACACUGCUAAGGGUACUAACAAAACUACUAGUAAGGACAUUACCAAGUGUACUUCACCAGCCAGCAGGUACUCUUUCCAGAAUUCCAAAGGUGCUGCAAAGGACACUUCCGAGGGGACCACAGAGGACUCGACAAAGGACUGCACACCUGUCAGUAGCUAUUCUAGCACUUCCAGGGGCUCUACAAAGAGCCUUACCCAGACUAAGUGUAUUACCUCAGCCAUUAAGACCAGGACUAGCCCUAGAACCCUUCAGAAACGCCAACAAACCUGAGCUUUGCUAUAUUGGAAGUUGAUGUUGAAGACAAUUAGCAAAGUAAUCAGAACAGCAUUGGAUACUGUUGAUCACAAGUGUUGCACGAUGAUGGUUGUUGGCUGAUUGGAUAGUGACGUAGGGACUGUGUUCUCUACAUGUGGCAAUGAUUGUAGGAACAUUCUAAUUCUAAAGGUCAAAUAAAUUAUUGGAAGACAGCAUAAUGGCAGACACACUGUAUACUGGACAAUAUAGUGACAGGCCACUGUUUUCAGAUGCUUCCCUGAUCAAUCUGAAAUUGGAGCUUGGUAUCAUAUUCACAUGGAAAAGGCACUAGUUUUAUUAAAGCACAUAGUUUAACUUGAGUCAGUGUGUACAGUCUGAUGUUUAAACAGGGACCUCCAGGUCCUGAAAGGCAGUACACAGAACAUCUAGGUUUGCAGUGCAUGUGUGAAAGGGGCUCUAUGUGUGAAAGCUGUCGUGCUUACGGCUACAUACCCUUGCUCGGGGGCUUUUUGGCAGGUCUUUGGCAGUCAGGUCACAAUACAGUCCUGUCAUUACAUUCACACCAACAUAAUCUGUCCAGGAUGGUCUACAUAGAUAACACAAGUCCUAAAAGUUUUUUAUUUAAAAACCUCACCAGAGUUAAAGGACAGGUUCAUAUUUUUUCAGAUACGUUAUGUCUUGAAACAGUAGUGCUUAUGUGAACAGUAAAACACGUGUUUUACUGCUGUAAUCGUUCCUCCUGAGGUUAAUCUGAGGUCUUGGUCAAAUAAAGUGGGCAUCUUCCAAAGUUAGUGGUAUGAAAUUCCAUAUUUGUGUUACUGUCCACAGAUCAGCAAGGAAACACUGUCCAGAAAACCCAAAAAGGGGGAAUUUUGUUAUUUAAUAGGGUGAAAAUAUGAAAGCUACCCACUUGAUUUGUCUAAUUCAGACAGCUAAAGCCUCAUAUAAACUUCAAAUAAACCUGGUCCCCAUCACUGGCAUUGAGUUUGCAUUAGGAGAUGUUCUCUUAAUGGCCAGUACGGAUGGGGGAAGUAUGAAAGUAUGAAUUUAAUUAGUAUAAAUUACAUAUGGGCAUGUGAGUAUAGUUUUAGGACAGACUUGAAAAGACGUGAAUCUAUCCUUUAGGAAGUCACUCCCCCCCCAUAUUCUGGUCUGUUCAGUGGGCAAUUGUUUUCAAGUAUAUUUAAUUACUUGAAAUAUACCAUUAAAUAUACAGUUUUUUAAUGACUUCUUUCUUUUAUUUUCCCUUCCACCGAAGCCUUCUGUGCUCGUGUUGUACAUUAACAGGUUUUUGUCCAUGCUUCCCUAGGCAUGUUAAAGGUGUGCAGGUGGCCGUGGAUCGACUUGAUGUGUUUAUUUCAGCGUGUGUGAGGAUCGAUGCAUUUGUAGAAAUAGAAGGAUGUGUGUGUUGUGAGGCAUGUGAACAACAGAUACAUAAAGAAACGCCUCAAUAAAUACUGUUCACUGUCAACACGGCCCUCCUGCUGUAUGAUGACUGUAUAAGACCCCCACUGGAUCUCGUGGAUACUAGUGAAAUGUCAGAAGGUUUUCGGAGUAUAUCAGGUUCUAUCAGGUGCUAUUCGCUUGUUCAUGAGAUGAUUUUAGGGUGAUUAAAUAGAUAUGAUAAAACAUUAUGGCUGUCAAUACAUUCAUUAAUAUUGCACAUUUGCUCACAGUAAAACCACUGUGAAUAUUUUUUAAGUUGCCAUAAUCACAUAACAUUUCUACACAUAGGGGCUUUAAAUGAAUAAUUGAAAAAUACAUUUGUAAAUGCGCUCAUUAUACUCUGUCCAUAUAUAUUUUAUUUAUGGACAGAUCUAUUUUAUCAGUCUAAAACACAGGUGGCAGGUGUUUAUUUAUGGCCAGCACAUGUUAAACUAAGUUAUGCGUUGUUUGAAAGAAUUUCAUAUUAUGACCUGUUUGAUCUUUUAUCAAACAAUAUACUGACGAUAUGUAUGAAUGUGGCUGUAAGCUGCAGAGAACUGCUCUCCUUACAGCAGUUACAUCCCCGUCACACCGUCAAACUCCAAACUCAUCAGGUUUGUUGCCGUUAUUGUAAAUGCUUUUUCAAAAGUGAACAGAGGCAUUUGCUUUUUACAAGAGUUCUACGUAUCUGCAGUUUUCUCCUGGUUGGUAUGUUGUGUCAGAUAUCGGAUCUUUUGAAACAUUUCUGCUAUGCAAAGUACCUUUUGAGAAGUCAUCAGUGAUCAUUUAGUUUGCAGAAAAUGGACAAUCUGUCCAAUCUGUCUUCCUGAAACAGGAUGCACACACUGGCAGUUUUAUUCAACUGACACAUAGUAACAAGGGAUGUUUCAUUAAGGAUCCUGACAGCGUGGUUGGAGCGCUUCAGCCAUCCACCUUCACUAAUGUGGAGCCUGUGUUGGCUGAGUGGCCUUCAGUGGGAACUCAUUGAAUGGACAUGCAGUGUGUAACUGCUGGCUUUCAUCUGGGACACAAACUCAGUGGUUUCAAGUUCAUUU